AUGGCAGAUGAAAAGAGACCGAUCGUGGCUUUCUUAGGUCCUGAGGGCAGCUACACACAUCAGGCCGCCCUCUCCGCCUUCCCCCCAGCCUCACCAACAACCCCACGCGUAACCCUCACCCCCUCCAUAACAAUCGAAGACGUCUUCUCCGCCGUCCAAUCCGGCAUCGCAUACCGCGGCGUCGUGCCCUUUGAAAACAGCUCAAACGGCAGCGUAGUCUUCACCCUCGACCUCUUCGCCGACCUAAACAACAAGUAUCCUGAUAUUCUUGUUACGGGAGAGGCGUAUGUGGCUGUUAAGCACUGUUUAUUGGGGUAUUCAAAUGCUUCAAGUACCGGCGAAAGAGAUGGAGAUGGAAGAGAUGGAAGAGAUGGCAAAGACGGAAACACCUUCUCGCACAUCAAGAAACUGUACUCGCACCCACAGGCCUGGGGCCAGUGUAAGAACUUUCUGGCCAAGUACCUCAAGACGGCUGAGAGGCACGACGUGAGUUCCACGAGCAAAGCCGCGGAAAUCGCGAGUCAAGAUAAAACCGGCGAGUCCGCAGCCCUAUCUAGUGAAAUCGCAGCGGAGCUCUUUGGACUGGAUGUGCUUGCGAAGGAGAUCAAUGACAAGAAGGGUAACAGCACGAGGUUCUUCGUCAUACGCCGGAAAGACGAUGAUGCCAUGCCAUCUACGACCACACCCACACCCACACCCACAACUCCACCGCCACCGCCAUCAACCAGCUCUAAUAACGCAAACACCUGGAAAUCACUCGUUACCUUCACCAUCGAGCAUUCGAAUCCUGGCGCGCUGGCGAAUUGCCGAGUGGAGUAA